AUGACCCUUGUUCAGCGUGCCACGGCGCUGGCAUCUUACCCUCUAUCCCUCGCAUGGCCGCCACUCCUCUCGGUGUCAAGAGGAGCGAUCCUCACACUGCUCAGAAACAUUCAAAUUGGCUCUUUGACGGUCACAGAUACAGAUGGCAGCAUCACAAUCUGUGGCAGCGCGAGGAGAGCUACCAGCGAUGAUGAAACCGAAAAGACUGUCCAUACGAUCCCACACGCUGAACUUCGAGUUCUCAGCGAUCUUUUCUGGGUCCGACUGGCGCUCUUCGCGGACAUGGGCCUGGCAGAAUCAUACAUGCUAGGAGAAGUCAGCUGUCCAGAUCUGACAGAGUUCUUCAAGCUCUUCAUCGUGAACAGACAAUACUUAUCCAAUGGCACGACACUUGGCUCCUCGAUCAUGGGGAAGUUGAGUGCGUUGAUCAGAAAAACCAACACCCUCCACAACGCCCGUCUGAACAUCUCAGCGCAUUACGACAUCAGCAACGACAUGUUCGCGGCAUUCCUGAGCCCAGACAUGACCUACAGCUGUCCCAUCUGGCUGCCCAAAUCCGACCCUCACUCCUCGCAGGAAAGCCUCGAACGAGCACAAUACCGCAAACUCUGCCGCUUCGUGAAGAACGCCCACAUCAAAUCCACAGACCACGUCCUCGAGAUCGGCACCGGCUGGGGCAGCUUCGCCAUCCUUGCAGUAGAAAAGACGGGCUGCCGCGUAACCAGCCUGACCCUCAGCGAAGAGCAAAAGAAACUCGCGGAAGAACGCAUCAAAGUCGCGGGCCUCGAAAACAACAUCCGCGUCCUCCUCUGCGACUACCGCAGCCUGCCCAUCCCCUCCGAAGAAGCCAAAUACGACAAAAUCGUCUCGAUCGAAAUGCUCGAAGCCGUCGGGCCCGAAUUCCUCGAAACCUACUUCCGCUGCGUCGACCGCCUGCUCAAAUCCGACGGCGGCAUCGCCGUCUUCCAAUGCAUCACCAUGCCCGAGUCCCGCUACGAAGCCUACGCCAAAUCCGACGACUUCAUCCGCAGAUACAUCUUCCCCGGGGGCCACCUCCCCUCCAUCACGCAGCUCCUCACCGCCAUCCGCGCCGGCUCCUCCGACCCAAAAAACGGCAUCGAACCGCGCCUCAUCCCCGAAAGCGUCGAGAACAUCGGGCCCCACUACGCCAAGACCCUGCGUCUCUGGCGACAGGCGUUCAUGCAGAACUUCAGCACCAAGAUCCGGCCGGCGCUGUUGGCGGAGUUUGCGGAGCGGAAUGGCGAGAAGAAGCGGAUGAGCGAGGAGGAGGUGGAGGUGUUUCGGCGAAAGUGGGAGUAUUAUUUUUCGUAUUGUGAGGGGGGGUUCGCGACGAAGAGUUUGGGGGACGUUAUUGUUACGGUGGGGAGGGAGGGGGGUGUGGAGAUGAUGGAGGAUGUUCCUCUUUGA